UAUGGGACACCCUGUAUUAUAUUGUAUCUAGGUAUAUGGUUGAAGUGCUGGGUAUUCAACCUGAAGAUGCUAUUAAGGAGUUUAACGAGGCCAGGGGGCAUACACAGGAGAGAGAAAACUAUCUUCAGCAUCUAAGGGAACGAGGAUGGGAGAAUGAAGAUAAAAUGGAUGAACAGAAUAAAGAAACAUGGGAUAAGAAGGAAGAGAACAGAGCAGACCAUGGUGUGAAAGUAGAUGACAGAAAGGAGGAAUUGAAUCAAGGAAAUAAGAAAAAUAAGAAGAAAAAUCGGUGGAAAAACAAGGGUAAAGAACGAAGUGGGGAGGGACCGGGAGGGCAGGAGACUGAGAGGAAUUCUAGACAUGGAGACAGAGACCGACACUAUUCAAGCGAUAGAGGUCUUCAUAGAGGCGCAGAGAGAUAUCCUAGUGAUAGAGGUCAUUAUAGAGGCGCAGAGAGAUAUCCUAGUGAUAGAGGUCAUUAUAGAGGCGCAGAGAGAUAUCCUAGUGAUAGAGGUCAUUAUAGAGGCGCAGAGAGAUAUCCUAGUGAUAGAGGUCAUUAUAGAGGCGCAGAGAGAUAUCCUAGUGAUAGAGGUCAUUAUCGAGGCGCAGAGCAAUAUCCUAGUGAUCGAGGUCAUCAUAGAGGCGCAGAGCGUUAUCCUAGAGAAACAGGCGUAUAUCAUAGAGUAGGUGGAGAAUAUCUUAGUGGAAGGGGGCAAUAUCCUAGAAGUGACCGAGAAUAUCCUAGAGAAGAAAGAAGAUAUGCUGGAAAUGAUAGAAGAUACCCAAGAGAUGAAGCAAGAACUUCACAAGGAAAUCCUGCUGGAUACGAAGCCUAUAGAUAUUCAGCACGAGGGAGAGGUGGAUAUCCAGGGUUUGAACCCUAUGGAUACGGUGGAGAGAGAAGAGGUCGUGGAGAAUAUCCCAGAUAUCAAUCCUACGGAUACAACAGGGAAUCAAGCGGAGGGCAAACUGACCAAAGUCACAGCCAAGUAGUGAAUUGGUUUAAAGAUUAAACUAAAUAAAGUUGCACACGGCAUCUCAACUCAACUAAAAAAAAGUUCUUCAUUAAAAGGAUGAAAGGGUACUAUUGUGAAUCUAACAAAUAAUAGAGGGUGAUUUGAUAUUAAGUCUCAGUCUGAAUCAAUUGGGUUAAAAAGCUUGCAGAAUUUCAAAGUUCAUUGAAUUUUACUUCAGUGUAAAGGGUUUGGGACUGCGCGGGUCAAAAGAAAUUUUUUAGGUUUAUGGGGCGUUUUUAAAAAAGCAAAAAAAAAUAUUUUGACAUUCCUAAGUUUAUUACGUUAUUUCAUAAAAACCAUAGUGCAGUCCUUCAAUUAUCAUUCAGGGAAAUUUUAAUCUUUCUUAACAUCCCAGGGAACUAUUUGCUGGGUUCUUUUUAGCUUAUUUUAGCUCAGAAAAAGGUUUAAGGGUGCUGUUGUGAAUUGAGAAUGCUUCACUUUAAGAUGGUAUUUUAUUUUAAAAUAUGUCAACAGUCCCUUUAUGGCGAAUUUAAAAAUUAAAAGUAUCUCUAAUCUUGAAACAUUUAUUAGAAUUGCAUAAUAUUAUUUUUGUCGAUGAGAUAUGAAAUUUUCUAGAUGUGCCAUGUGGUGCUGACAAUUUACUUAUGAAUUCCCGUUAUUUUUAUAUUUUUUCAGA